AUGACUUCCAAAGGCGGUUGGUGGGCCUGGUCGACCAAGAAGAAGGUCUUCCUUUUCUCCCUCAUCGGUAUCGCCAUUGUCGCCAUCGGCGUCGGUCUCGGAGUUGGACUCGGCAUCGGUCUGAAGCACGGCAGCGACGACAACGAUGAAGGUAGCGGCAGUGGAGGCGACACCGGUGGAAACACCACAGUGAAAUGGCAGCCGGAAGUGGGCGUCAAGUGGCAGAUCGAGCUGCUCUACCCUCUCAACAACACCAACAUCGACGCCGACGUCUACGACAUUGACCUGUACGACAACGAAAAAUCCACCAUCUCCAAUCUGCAGGACAUGGGCCGCAAAGUGAUCUGCUACUUCUCCGCCGGCACCUACGAGGAAUGGCGCUCGGACGCGAGCUCCUUCGAAGACUCAGACCUGGGCAACAAUCUGGAUGACUGGCCCGGCGAGCGCUGGCUCGACACCAAUUCCAAAAACGUGCGGAAAAUCAUGCAGACGCGUCUGGAUCUCGCGCAGACCAAGGGUUGCGAUGGCGUUGACCCGGACAAUAUCGAUGCGUACGAUAACGACAAUGGUCUGAAAAUGACCAAGUCCGACGCCAUCAACUACGUCAACUGGCUCGCCGGACAGGCUCAUAGCCGUGGCCUCUCCAUUGGACUCAAGAACGGUGGUGCGAUCAUCAGCUCCGUUAUCAAGAACAUGCAGUGGUGUGUCAAUGAACAAUGCGCGCAGUACGAGGAGUGCGAUACUUACGCCGCCUUCACGGAUGCCAACAAGCCUGUCUUCCACAUUGAGUAUCCCAAGGGCGACGAGACUAACGACGAAAAAAAUGUCACGACUAAGCAGAUGUCCUCGGCCUGCAAGGCGGACAGUGCGUCCGAUUUCUCCACUGUCAUCAAAAACAUGGACCUGGAUAACUGGGUGGAAUACUGUUCUUGA